CAUUUCGAGGUAAACAUCAAGAACUUGUGCUGUAUUUAUUUCAAAGGAAAUAAUUUUUAUUUAAACUAAUUUAAGGAAAAUAUUAAAUAAAACAAGUGUUUUUUGAGUAACCAAAGAUGAAUUGUAUCAAACGCCUGCGUUCACUUCUAACCCGUUCUUCUCCAAAACAAUUUCCCCGUGCAUUUACCAGUUCAACAGACGACAAAGUCGAUGAGACUCGUCAAUGGCCAAGAAAGAUAUUCUCUGGCAUUCAACCAACUGGUUCCCUCCAUUUGGGUAAUUAUCUUGGUGCUGUUCAAAAAUGGGCUGAACUACAAAAUUCCGGAGAAGAUGUAACUUAUUGCAUUGUUGACUUACAUUCAAUAACAGUUCCACAAGAUCCGGAAACAUUACGCAAUAACAUUAUCCAAAUGACUGCCACAAUGUUGGCAUGUGGAAUAGAUCCCAAUAAAUCCACGGUAUUCCUUCAGUCAACUGUUAAGGAACACACUGAGUUAAAUUGGAUUCUCGGUUGUCUAACGACAAUGGCCAGGUUAAGACACUUGCCUCAGUACAAAGAGAAGACACAAAAAAUGAAAGAGAUUCCUUUGGGUUUGUUUCUGUAUCCAGUUUUGCAAGCAGCUGAUAUUCUUCUUUACAAAACUACCCAUGUUCCAGUUGGUGAAGAUCAAGUUCAGCACAUUCAACUAACCCAACACUUAGGCAAUCUAUUUAACAACAGAUUUGGAACCACUUUUCCCGAUUGUCAUGCAAUCAUUGACAAGAAAGAAGCUGCACGCAUUCGUUCGCUAAGAGAUCCCUCCAAAAAAAUGUCCAAAUCCGAUCCAGAAGUAAAAAGUUGUAUCUAUCUCACGGAUGAACCCGAUGUCAUUGUUGAGAAGAUCAAAAAAGCUGUAACAGAUUUCACGUCCGAAGUGACUUAUGAUCCAGAAAAUAGAAUGGGUGUUAGUAAUUUGGUUGCCAUUCAUUCAUUAGUCUCCAAUGGAAAAUCUACCGAAGAGAUUUGUAAAGAAGUUCAAGGUAUUGACACUGGAAAAUAUAAAAUGGUUGUUGCUGAAGCAGUAGUUGAACAUUUGAAACCAAUUCGCACGAAAAUCAAUGAGUAUUUGAAAAAUCCCAGUGAAUUAGUGUAUAUUUUGGAAGAAGGACGUGAGAAGGCACAAGGAAUUGCUGAAGAGACGAUGGCUGAGGUUAAGCAAAAAGUUGGAUUAGGGGCUAAUUUGUCGGAAUUUUCUGUUUUAAAAACGAUAUCAAAAAAGAUGUAGGCAAGAGUUAAAUGUUUUUUGAAUAAAUUUAAGUGUUGAUUUAAA